AUGCAAUCCACACGCCUGGCCCUUCGCGGCGCCUCGUCCGUCCGCUCCUUCUCGACCUCGCGCAUUCUCCGGUCGGACUUGUCCUUCCAGGUCUUCGGACCAGAAAAGGAGGAGGCCAGCCGCAGUCCGAUCGUCUUUCUGCACGGUCUGUUCGGUUCGAAACAGAACAAUCGAAGCAUUAGCCGAGCCUUGGCACGGGAUCUCAAUCGUCAGAUCUUCACGCUGGAUCUUCGGAACCAUGGCCAGUCGUUCCACGCCCAAGAGCACAACUAUUCGGCGAUGGCGGAAGAUGUCACCAAGUUCAUUCACCAGCAGAACUUGAACCAGUGCGUCCUGAUCGGGCAUUCUAUGGGUGCCAAAACCGCGAUGACAGUUGCUCUUGAUUCCCCCGGCUUGGUCUCGGCGUUGAUUCCCGUCGACAAUGCGCCAGUCAAUGCGGCGUUGAAGAGUGAUUUUGGCAAGUAUGUUCAAGGCAUGCAGCAUGUCGAGGCCGAGAAUGUCACCAAGCAGUCGGACGCGGAUAAGAUCCUCCAAGGCUACGAAGAGUCUCUGCCCAUUCGCCAAUUUCUCCUGACCAACUUGGUCCGCUCGGAGGAAGACAAGACGAUGAAAUUCCGCGUGCCACUGUCAGUGAUUGGCUCCUCCCUCGACCAGAUGGCAGACUUCCCGUACCAGGAACCGGGCCAGGUCACGUACGAAGGCCCGACACUUUUCGUCAGAGGCACGAAGAGUCGAUACGUCAGCAAUGAAACCAUCCCCGCCAUCAGGAAGUUCUUCCCCCGUUCUCAAAUCGCCGACGUGGAGGCGGGCCACUGGUUGAUCUCGGAGAACCCGGAAGCUUUCAGACAAGUUGUUGUGAAAUUCUUGCAAGAAACACCCUAGAAACUUAUUCGCAUAUAUGCCAAGAAGAAACCAAAUGAGACGAUUGGAAAAAGUAAUAAAUUCGAUGAGGACUAUGAGGGCGGCGCUCAUUUGCUAAUUCGCGUAUGUACAAUACCGAGGCUCGUCGUUCACUACACACGGUAAAUAUGUAGAACAACAAUAGAUACAUUCAAGAGACAAGACCCGAAAGAGAGAAGGAUGGUAGGGGAAAACGAAAUAGGAACCGAAAUUACAAGCUAGGCCAAGCUAUUCCAAAGUAGAGAGGCCAUGGGUUGGGUGGUAUCAGAUGCCGCCACAAGACCGGAUGAGAAUAAACACGGGUGACUGAAGUUGAUGUACAAGACUUCGUAUUAAUCGAUGAGAAACGGGUUGUCCGGGUUGUUCACCUUCCUCUUCUUCUUC